UUUCUCUUUCCGGCCGUGCGGGGGUAGCGAUGGCGUCGCGCAAGGAGGGCCUGGGCGCUGCCGGCGGCGGCUUCGGCACCAGCAAGGGCAAGGGCAAAGCCGCGGCUGCGGGAGACUCGGCCGUCAAGCAAGUGCAGAUCGACGGGCUGGUUGUGUUAAAGAUCAUUAAACAUUACCAAGAAGAAGGACAAGGGAAUGAAGUGGUCCAAGGAGUGCUGCUGGGUCUUGUGGUGGAUGACAGACUUGAAAUCACAAAUUGCUUCCCUUUUCCUCAGCAUACAGAAGAUGAUGCAGACUUUGAUGAAGUUCAAUACCAGAUGGAAAUGAUGCGAAGCCUCCGCCACGUAAACAUUGAUCAUCUUCACGUUGGCUGGUACCAGUCCACGUACUAUGGCUCUUUUGUCACUCGUGCCCUCCUGGACUCCCAGUUCAGCUACCAGCACGCAAUUGAGGAGUCUGUAGUUCUCAUUUACGUGACAGAAUGGCUUUUAAAUUUUAAAACUUCUUUUUUAAUAGAAAAUUUAAUCUUUCAUGAAUGUUUCUUGUAUUUCAGUAAUCACCUUGGGAAGAGUCUGCAGCUACUGAUGGACAGAGUGGAUGAGAUGAGCCAAGACAUUGUUAAAUACAAUACUUACCUGAGGAAUGUAAGCAAACAGCAGCAGCAGAAACAUCAGUACCAGCAGAGACGUCAGCAAGAAAAUAUACAGCGUCAAAGUCGAGGAGAACCCCCUCUUCCUGAGGAGGACAUCAAUAAACUGUUCAAACCACCACAGCCACCUCCAAGAAUGGAGUCACUCCUUAUUGCAGGUCAAAUUAAUACCUACUGCCAGAAUAUUAAGGAGUUUAAUGCACAGAACCUGGGCAAGCUUUUCAUGGCUCAGGCUCUCCAGGAUUACAACAACUGAAGAAACUUUACUGUAGCCCUCAACAGGAAAAGUUAUUUACGACUUUACACUGUUCAUGAUCAUCUUGAAAAUUUAUUAAAUUGGGAAGAGAGUCUUAUAAAACAGAGUCACUUUGGUUUGUGUAGAAUUCUCAUGUAAGAAAAAUAAAGGCAAAUUUUAAUGAUA